CCCCCCCCCCUCCGCCCGGGCCGGGCAUGGAGUACUUUAUGGUGCCCGCGCAGAAGGUGCCGUCGCUGCAGCACUUCAGGAAAUCCGAGAAGGAGGUGAUCGGCGGGCUGUGCAGCCUGGCCAACAUCCCGCUGACCCCAGAGACGCAAAGGGACCAGGAGCGGCGGAUCCGCAGGGAGAUCGCCAACAGCAAUGAAAGGCGGCGCAUGCAGAGCAUCAACGCGGGCUUCCAGUCCCUGAAGACCCUCAUCCCACACACAGAUGGGGAGAAGCUUAGCAAGGCAGCGAUCCUUCAACAGACAGCAGAGUACAUUUUCUCUUUGGAGCAGGAGAAGACGCGGCUCCUGCAACAGAACGCUCAGCUCAAGCGGUUCAUCCAGGAGUUCAGUGGCUCCUCCCCAAAGCGACGGAGAGCAGAGGACAAAGACGAGGGCAUCGGGUCUCCGGACAUCUGGGAGGACGAGAAGGCCGAGGACCUGCGCAGGGAGAUGAUUGAGCUCCGGCAGCAGCUGGACAAGGAGCGCUCGGUCCGGAUGAUGCUGGAGGAGCAGGUGCGCUCUUUGGAGGCCCACAUGUACCCAGAGAAGCUGAAGGUGAUCGCGCAGCAGGUGCAGCUCCAGCAGCAGCAGGAACAGGUGAGGCCGCUGCACCCAGAGAAGCCUGAGCGCGAGCGGCAGGCCCGCGGCCAGCUGCUGCCAGCACACGGCCCUCCGGCGCCCACCCACCACCCGACGGUGAUUGUGCCCGCGCCGCCGCCGCCUUCUCACCAUGUCACCGUGGUCACCAUGGGCCCUUCCUCCGUGAUCAACACUAUCUCUACAUCCAGGCAAAAUCUGGACACUAUCGUUCAGGCGAUCCAGCACAUUGAGGGGACGCAGGAGAAGCAACUGCUGGAAGAAGAGGAGCAGCGCCGGCGUGCCGUCAUCGUGACCCCCACCCGGGCCAGCCUGGACCCCUCCAACUCGGACACAGCCUCUGACUCCGAGGCGGAAGACAGCGAUUCCAUGGAGCACAGCAAGGCUGAGAUGCCCUGACCCACGCCUGGCUGCGGGGGGAGGGAGGGGGCCGGGCAGGGCGUG